AUGUCGAUGGGCGUGUCAUUGUCGUUGAAGGAUAUGUACCAUGCCAGCACGCUCGGGGCCAUGGCAGCGCUGGUUGCGCAGCGCAAAAGCGAUAGCUGGGUGCCGGAGGUGAUUGACUGGGACACGGAAACGGCUCUGGCGGGAUCCCUUGAUGCCAGCGUCUCUGAUGGCUGGGGGCCUCCGAGAAAGGAGGGUGGGUUAGGAGUUCUCAUGACGGGUUCGACUGAUUUUCUUGGGGGCGCGAUCUUGGCAUCUUUACUGAAGAGCCCUCAAGUUGCAAAGAUCCACUGCAUCACAGUCGAUCACGGCUCGGAACCAUCGCAGCUUGAGGAUCAAAGGGUCGUGGUUCACGACGGAAGUCUCUUGGAGCCCCUUCUCGGGCUACGGGAAGAUGUCUACGAGCGGUUCUAG